AUGAGUCUGAACUGCUUGACCUGCCAGAGUAUGCCAAGGACCGACUCGGACAAGGGAUUUAAGCAAAUAUAUGAUCAUGAGAAGCACCAUUUUAGCCAUUGUUUGGGCAAGGUCGAGAGAAGAUGGUCCGGGAACUUGGCGUCGCCACCCAGGCCUUACGAAAAAAUAAGGACAGGCAAGAAGGCUACUCAUCAUCGGAUUCAUAGUAGUGGAACAGUUGAGUUUGAGAGCAGUGCACCAAAAUUGGUGAGGAGCUGUGGGAUGAGAAGGGACUGGAGCUUUGAGGAUCUGAGACAAUGUGUUAAGGGAUGA